GUGGCAACAGUUCUGUUCUUAUAAGACUCAGCAUACCUGCGAGUUUAAUCAGUUUUACAAGAAUUCAAAACAGAUUGUAUAGCACGCGGAAAAUCAUAGAGGUAUUUACAGUACCAGUGCCAGUCACAAGUUCAGUUAAGAGGGAGAAAGAGAGAUAAAAGAGUAGAAGUUUGUCCUAUGGAACCAGGCUGGACACAAGAUUUUCAACAAUCACAUCAGAGAACAUUUCCUGGACCACCAGUUGUAUUAAGUGUGCCCCACUGGCAGUACUUCCCACCAAUGCAGGCUGAGUCACACUAUCACAGUCACCAUAGUCAGCUGGACGGCAGUCAGCCAAGGUUCAGGGGUCAAGGUGGGGCAAUAUUUAGAGGUCAAGGUCAGAGGUCAUAUGGAGGUCAAAGCCAAAAUUGGCAAAUAGACUUGUCAGAUGAAGCACAGAUAAAUAACACAAACCAGUUUGAUCAGAGGGAUUUCAGUCGUCAGGCUGGCUAUAGAGGAAGAGGAAAGAGAGGCAAAGGACGAGGGGGGAGUGCAGCUGGGUCAAGGUCAGAGCAGGGCUUCCAGGGCAGAUAUGACGAAACCCGGAGAAGUGAACAGAAUGUGAGUGGAGGUGCACGGCCUAAGUCAUCAAAAGCAAGGGGUGGCAGAAAUAGAUACAAGGGCUAUAGUGACAGUGCAGCAGUCAGGGGACACAAUUUUGACAAGGAACAAAGAAAAGAUAGGGCAGUUAGUCCAGAUGACCCUCAAGUUGGUGAUGUAUAUGAAGAAAGUAGUAGAGAAACAUCCACAGAUAAAGGUGGAUUACGAAAGUCAGAUCAGUCUCUGCAAAAUGAUAUUAAUUUAAGUGAUACACAGGGGAAGCAAAUGGGAUUGAAAGCAAAAAGUAACAAAAACCAAGAAGAAAACAAUGGAUCACGAAAGAAAGGCAAUAAAUCCACCAAGACUGGUUUGAAGGGAAAACCAGGAAAUGAUGAAAAUCAAAGAGGUGUCCUAAUUGAGGAGCUGAGAAAUGAGAGUUAUGAAUGCAUGGUUUGCUGCAGUGCUAUAAGGUGUGAGGCUGCGGUCUGGAGCUGCAGCAGUUGUUUCCAUAUUUUCCAUCUGUACUGUAUCAAGAAAUGGGCCAGGACUGUUCAUUUGGAAGGAGAGGUGGCUGAGACUGGCUGGCGUUGCCCAGCAUGUCAAAACGUGACUUUCAAGCUCCCCAACCAGUACCGUUGUUUUUGUGGGCGUGUGCGUGACCCGGACUGGACUGGCUACGACACUCCGCAUAGCUGUGGAGAGGUGUGUGGCAAGAAGAGAGGAAGUGCUUGCACACACCCAUGUAAUAUCUUAUGCCACCCAGGUCCAUGUCCUCCCUGUCAGACAGUGGUCAGCAGGCCGUGUCACUGUGGGAAGACCAGGCCCAGUGUCAAGUGCAAUGCUGCUGCAGAUAUCAAGUGUUCCUCUUCAUGCGACAAACCUCUGAACUGUGGGAAACACUUCUGUCAGAAGAUAUGUCACUCAGGACCAUGUGACCCUUGUGAUGUCACACUGGAACAAGAAUGUUGGUGUGGGCAGAGUAAGAGGAGCGUUCUGUGUGGGACUGGGGACUCCUUUGACAACUACUACCGCUGUGACAAACAAUGUAACAGAUGGCUAACUUGUGGCAGUCACCAGUGUGGUCAGCCCUGUCACCCGGGACCCUGUGGACAGUGUCCACUCUCUGUGGACUUAGUCACUCACUGUCCAUGUGGCCAGACCCCCCUGGCUAAGCUGAUAGAGAGGGACGAGGCAACAGAGAGGAAGAGGUGCACAGAUGCUGUGGCAUCAUGUGGUGGAGUGUGUGGAAAGACACUGCACUGUGGGACUGACGGUGACCCUCAUACCUGUCCACUUGUCUGUGGUCACUCUGGCCCCUGUGGUCAGUGCAGUGGCCGUAGUGAGGUGACAUGUCGCUGUGGAGCCUAUACCAAGGAGAUGCCGUGCAGUGAGGCUGACCAGUUCACAGAGGCCACCCCGCUGAUCUGCCAGAAGAGAUGUACCAAGAAACGGUCUUGUGGUCGUCACAAGUGUAAUGAAAUCUGCUGCACUAUAAAAGGGGAACAUGUUUGUGAACAGCUUUGUGGCAAAAGACUUAGCUGUGGACAACACACAUGUGAGGAGCCUUGUCACCGUGGCAACUGUCCACCAUGUUGGCAUGUCAGUUUUGAUGAGUUGUGGUGCCAGUGUGGAGCUGAGGUGCAGUAUCCUCCCAUUCCCUGUGGAACCAAGCCACCAGAGUGCCGCAGGACAUGUACCAGGCAGCAUGACUGCCAACAUGAAGUGCGUCAUUCCUGUCACAGUGAAGACAAGUGUCCACCAUGUGCUACUCUCACUGAGAAACUGUGUAUGGGAGGUCAUGAGCUACGUAAAAACAUCCCCUGUCACUUGACGGACAUCUCGUGUGGAUUGAGGUGUAACAAGGAGCUGCCCUGUGGAAGACACAAAUGUCAGCUGCUGUGUCACAAGGGAGCCUGCCUCAAAGAAGGGGAGAGCUGCAUCCAGCCGUGUCCUGAGUCUCGGCCAGUUUGCGGUCACCCUUGUAAAGCACCCUGCCACCAGAUGGCCCCAUGUCCACCUUCCACCUGUAAGGAAAUGGUGGUGGUCAAGUGUGCGUGUGGACACCGGUCUGCCAGGGUCCAGUGCUUGGCUGGAGCCCAAGAGAAGUCACAGGACUUUCAAAAGUUGUCUGGGGCAGCACUGGCCAGUCAGAUGCAGCAGUUACUCACUGGACAAUCAGUGGACCUCACACCACUACUCAACUCCUCCAAGUCUGGCAGGACAGAUACUGUUCUACAGUGUAAUGAUGACAGUGUUGUAUUGAUGUUAUGUUUCAGUCUACAAUGUAAUGAUGACAGUGUUGUAUUGAUGUUGUGUUUCAGUCUACAAUGUAAUGAUGACAGUGUUGUAUUGAUGUUGUGUUUCAGUCUACAAUGUAAUGAUGACAGUGUUGUAUUGAUGUUGUGUUUCAGUCUACAAUGUAAUGAUGACAGUGUUGUAUUGAUGUUGUGUUUCAGUCUACAAUGUAAUGAUGACAAUGUUGUAUUGAUAUUGUGUUUCAGUCUACAGUGUAAUGAUGAGUGUGCUGUAAUAGAGAGGAACAAGAGGUGGGCAUUAGCACUGGAGAUCAAGAACCCAGACUUGAACGCUAAACUAGGAAACCCAACCUACUCUCAGUUUCUCAAGGAUCAGGCUAAACAGAACCCUUCCUUUGUGGCAUCUGUUGAGAAAGCUCUGGCUGACCUUGUUCAUAGUUGUAAAGACUUAAAGCAGCCCCGCCGCUGCCACCCAUUCCCCCCAAUGAACCGGAGUCAGAGGCAGGUGGUCCAUGAGCUGGCAGAGUUCUAUGGCUGCCAGACACAGAGUUACGAUAAUGAACCAAAGAAGAAUGUGGUGGCCACUGCAACCAGAGACAAGUGCUGGUUACCCAGUGUAAGCCUUACCACCCUGGUCCAGAGAGAGCUGCACCCUAAAGCACCACAGCCAAUACCACACAACUUUAAGGAGGAACAAGUCAGGUCUGUAGCCCAGGCAGCAAAACAGAGCACCACCAUCUUGGAAAGUAGGAAUUCUGGCGGCUCAGCUCUGAAGGGAGAAAAAUUUGUGGACUACUUUGAUUUUACAGACUGAAAUUAUUUGGGUUGCAAAUUUUUAUUUUAUGACAUACCACAUACCCACUCACUGCUUGAAUCCAGAAUACAAACAAUGGCAACAGUAUCAAAAUAGGCAAUUUUCCAAACUCUGUAAAUUGUAAACCACUGGUUUCAUUUGAAAUGUACUGAUUUCAUAUUAGACAUAACAAGUGUGGUUUUGGUGGUGUCUCAUGUUCUCAGUUCUCAGGAUUGUUUCCAAGACCAUGCCAGGGAUGUUGUUCAGCUUUACUAUGCAAGUACAAACCAGUGCUUUAGUUUUUGUGAAAUGCGUUUCACCUAAUAUACCUCAGAACUUACCAAAAAAAUUAAUGUGAAGCACAUUUUUGUUUUCAAAGUAUCUAGUAUUUCAUGAAGAUGUAUUGAAGUAAUCUUGCUCAAAACUGAUUGUCAUGUGGUUGAAGACAUUGACAUUAAUUAGAUUGAGAAGUUUGCCUUAAUUCUCCAUAAGCAUUGAACAGGGAGGCAUAGUACAGGAAUUACUCGGAACUUUUCAGUGAGCAGAAAUUAUCAUUAUUUUAUUAUCACAAAAAUUAUACUUUACUGCACAGAAUAGAACUAUAGAGUAGCCUGCUUUACAUUUCUACAAUUUCUACGUAUAUGUACACCAAAACCCUGGCACUGAGAACUGCAGCAGUCUGCGUGACUCUUAACUACCGCUUACGAGGCGAUUGGAUGCGUCUCCCAUCCAAGACAUCAGUUUAGUAUUUGCCAGCGCCCGCAUCCUUGUCAAGAUUGCCUCGCUUGUCGAAGUUUGUCUUCUAGCUAAUUUGCAGGGUUGACAUUUGAUGUUGAAUUUGCUUUAGAUUGUAAUAGUCUAUGAUAUUUUGUAUCAAAAAGUGUGUAAGCAGAAAAGUCGCAAGAAACGAGCAUCUUAUUCAUGAAACCUUUGAUAAGAAAAUUUUAAAUGGAUUUUAAAAGUGCAAGAGUCAACCCUGUAUGUUGCUGUUUAAACACUAUAUAUGUGCUUCUAAGCCGCACUGGUAGCAUAGUUCUCUAUUCACCUACGUGGGUUUUAUUGUAGCUUGCUUAUAGUUUUAUACCCUGAGAUGACACCUGGAGAUCUCCGUUAACAGAAGGAAUAUCAGUGCAAAACAGUGCCUUAUUUUUAUUAAAUGUUGUAACGUGGAUAAUAAAGAGAUUGUCGCACAUGUUUUGAAACGAUCUUUCCAAGAGUGCUAGGUUGUAAUUAUUCUUGCUCUGGCUCUCUGUGUUUUGAUACUGUUGUGCGUCUGGUUGGUGGCCGUGUUCUCAAUUCUGAGAGAUGUCAAAAUGUUAGUUUUAAAGAAAUUAAACAAAGGAAUUGCACUAGGUAGAUUUCCCGAAAUUAACAUGCUUUCGGUUUCGCAGUAAGAGAAAACUUGUUGCGCACACAAUAAGAAAUAUACAAAAAAUUUACCAGUCCUUUUGUGUGUCGUUUAAGUGCCAAUAUUACAAAACAGCAAAAAUGUUAGUCACGAAAAAAAAAUGAAGUCGUAAAAAGUGUUUUUUUGCAUGAUAUUACCAUUAUAGGAUUAUGUAGGACUGACAUUUUCAUGAUUUUUUAAAUUUGACAAAAAAGUUGCACUCAGCUCUCUUUUUAAAGAUGACCUUGAACCAUGUGUUUACAAAUAACUUUUGUUUCCGGGCUGGAGUGAAUGAGGACAAAUGAGACUUCAAAAGGCAGUCCUACACGGCCUAUUGGGUGAUUUGUGCAACUUGUUUUAUAACCACUGAACUUCAUUUCUGAACACGAGGGGCCAGGGUUGUGUUUAUUAGUAUUUAUACGAUGAACGUUUUUGAUUUUUGUGUAACCUUGUGAGUUUUGUUUGCAUAUUACUGUUGGCAAUGGCUGGUAUACCCUUGUACACUGACCCUGUUUUGAUGCCUUUCUUCAUUCGUACACAUGCAAACCUGUUGUGUCUCCCAAAACCUUAAGUUAGGAUUGACUGAGGUACGAGCCAGAUCUAUUCAUAUUUCAAAGGGGAUUUUGGCUUAUUUUUGGGAUCACUCUUAAAUUGUAUUAUAUGCAUUUUGAAUAUUCGGUGUUGUUUACACCACUGAAAUUGGACGUUCCACGAUGAAAUUUUACACCCCCCCCCUUUCUGGGACAAAUACACCAACAUCAAAUUUGUACUACGAUCGCAAAGUAUAUUAUGGUAAAUUUAUUAAUUUUGGCACUAAAACUGUAACAAUUUGCUCUCGCUGGAUUUGUUUCAACCGUAUUAUUCCUAAGCUUUUCACAAGCCUAAAGAAGAAAUAGUUGUUUGAGGAAUUUUUCAAAAUGCAUAGAAUCUUCAAACAAGUUAGUUUGUUGAAAUAAUUAUUGAAAGCUUGAUUGGUCAGUCUUCUCUGGAGAUUUCUAUCAAUCAAUAGUAAAAUUAAACAUUUUACCAUUUUUGUGAAAAUAGUUAACAUUUUUUGUUAGAAUCUUUGUUAAAA